AUGGCUUCUGCAUCGAGCUCGGCGGCGGGCAUCCCUCCCUUGGGCAAAUAUCUGGCUUCAACUGACAAGAAAACGCGAGACAAGGCCAUCAAAAGCCUCGCCAUCUUCCUUUCGGACUCGUCCCGACCUCCUCUUCGCAAAAAUGACAUGGAUAAAUUGUGGAAGGGCAUAUUUUACUGCUUCUGGAUGUCAGAUAAACCUCUUGUGCAACAAGCUCUGGCAAGUGAGCUCGCGGAGAUUAUCUUGACCAUUGAGUCGACAGCCUCUUCCUUGGCUUUCCUCAGAGGAUUCUGGGAGACAACGGUCCGCGAGUGGAAUGGUAUCGAUCGCCUCAGGAUCGACAAAUACUACAUGCUCAUCCGUCGCUUCGCGAAUGCGUCAUUCCGUCUCUUAGUGAGAUGCAACUGGAACUCUGUCUGGUGUGAAGAGUACAAUGACAUAUUGGCUGGUCCAGGCGGUCCACUAUGUGUGAACGAUAGUCGCGUCCCAUCAAGUUUGGCAUACCACCUUGCUGACAUCUACCUGGAGGAGCUCGACAAAGCUGUUGCUUCUCAACUAAAACUUGACGAAUCCGAUGACGAGCCCACCCCUACACCUCUCGUCACUGUCCUCUCUCCGUUCCUCAGCCUCUCCUCCCGCACUAUCUCCAACACCACUUACUCACGCAUACAAUCAGCCAUUUUGGAUCCCCUUUUUCAGUCACUGUCGACUAUACGCUCAGACGAGCCACCUAGCGCAAAGCGUCGUCGAGUUUUGGAAGUUGACUACGCUUCACUAUUGGACAAUGCCUGUAUGCUGGACCCAAAAAGCGAGGGGAAGAUGGAGAGGUCGCCACUCCGGAAGGCAUUAUUGCGGAAGUUAUUUGAUGUUGCUAGCGAGCAAGACACUAGAGACAGUAACCGACGAAAAUUGUACUCUUUCUGGAAAAGUAACCAGGAUGAAGACGACGAGGAAGAUAGGCCUAUCGAUGCUAGUUGA